AUGAACAACACGGUGGACAUCCAAGAAUUGGCCGGCGCGAAGACGCCGUCCUCCACCUUGAACGGCGCGAACAACAAAGGCAUCUUUCGAAACCAAGCCAAGGCGGUGGACGCCGCGUGCGCGAAUCGCUCGGAUUUACGAAAGAAGGCGUUAGCGAGAGUUUCGGCCGUGCACAAAGCUGGACGCGUCGCGAGAGCGAAGAAGUAG